AGAUGGCACUGGAAUUGAAGGAGAGUGUAUCUGCAAAGUUUGUCCCAAAACAUUUACUGAAAGUGAAGGGAAAUGACAAGCUGCAGUCUUACUUCAGGUUUCUCAUUGAGCACAAUUACAGAAGGGGAAUCAAUAAAGUUGACUAUGGAAGAUGUGCUGCAUGCUACAGGUCACUGACCAUACACGACCACCCACGACUUUCACCAGCUCAGAAAAAGACAAAGAAGCUGCAAAAAUUACUCGCUAAGGCAGACAAGAGAAAACUGUCAAAGUUUCAAGACAAUGCUGUGAAGAAAUUCUUAAAGAGCUCAAGUCACCUUAUUGCCAAGUGCCCAUCAUGCGGUCAUGUAAAUAGGCAGUCCAUAGUGACGAAUGAACAGAAAUUCCACAUAAAAGACAUGCUUGCUCAUGAAGUGGCACAGGAGUCUAUGGUGGUACCAGAUGCGACAGAAAGUUCUAAGAAAAAAAAGAAAAAGAAGAAAAGAAAAACAGAGCAAAGUGAAAGUUACGGGUCACUAAAAGAUUCCCUGCCCCCCAGUCAUUCAGCUGACAUCAAGAAAACUUUAUUUUCCUCAAAUGCUCAAGGAAAUGCAGUUCAUAAUUCUGUGAAAAAUCCAGCACCAAAAACUUUGAAACGACCUCUGCAAUCACAGUCUCAACCAAAAGGCAAAAAGCUUCUAAAACAGAAGGAGUUGCAAGCCAUGUUAUCUGGGAGUGGCAAACCAGGGAACUCAACUUCUCUCAAAGACUUUUUGUCAUCUCUCUGAUUCAGCAAUUUGCAACCAUGUUGGCCCUUCUUCCCUCAACUUGCCAAAUUUCAGUGUACCAGAAAAAAGUGCUUUAAAUUUCAGAGCUCGUUCUCAUUGGCGUUCGCUUACAGUACAGACAGGCUGCUUCUCUCCACCAACAUGUGAACGUGGCCAAGGAAAUUAAAAAUAAGAGGCUUAGUUGCCAGGAAUGCAACAUCAUGUAUAUAUACUCUACACACAGACCCUAGGCUAGAAUGUUGUAGUUCUACUGUCGUCAUUUACCCUAGGGAUCUUCAGCCCAUAUGGUGUUAUACUCUAGCCAUACAAUGUAACUGGUUUCUUGACAAAAGUUUUUUUACCCUUCCAGCCCCAGCCACUUUUGUGCACUCCAUUAAACCCAGUCCCAGCCUAUACAGUAGUAUUUCAGAAAAAGAGGCAUGCGUUCUAAAAGGUGAUGUAGUAUCUUUGUAAUGAGGUUUAGAUAAUAACAACAAUGUUUAAAGGUAAAUGAACAAAUAUUAUAAUUAUAAAAAUUAAUCUUUAAUUAGGUUCGCAAAUAUUUUUUUUAAUGCGCAAAUUUGGUAUCCCUCGAAACUGAGAAUGUACACUCUUGGGACAGUGGGAGGUACAAGCGCUGUUGAAAAUAUAUAUGCACAUGGUGCUGGAAGGGUUAACGGAAUGUUAAAGAGUCAUAGAGGGAGACAGGUAUUAAAGAAAGGUUGGAGCAGGAAAUAUUUUUUGGCCGUGCAUAACCCCUAAUGAGUUUUUAAAAAUAUACCAAGACGAACCCAUGCCCUUUUCUUUCAUAUCAAUGGACACCAGUACUUUUAAACCUGCAACAUAUCCAAAGAGAGAAAUAACUCAUGGCAUUAUCACAUGAACCUGUAGUGUUUACGUCAGAAUCACCACAACCUAUUGCAGGGACAUCAGCAGUAUCACCGCAACCUAUUCAAAUACUGAUUUGACAUCUACAACCUCUCCACCUUUUUCAAACUCUUUUACCACAUUACUUAGUGAAAGAGAACCCUGCCUCGAACUAACACCAACACAUUUCUGCCACUCAAGUCUCUGAGGAAAUUGAUGGGUCAACUUGUGUUUCCGCUAGUGACAAAAUUAGUUCCUGACUUUAUGUGCCCCAUAUGUGAUGUUUUCAAGGACUGGCCUGGGAAACAACCAGGCUGUAUGUAUGGCUUUGUGCUAACACUGAAUGUUGAGUGCACAGAGUGCAGAAAAGUUGUGUCAAGUCACUUAUUAAACAUUCUCUUGAAGCAUCCUUGUGUAAAAUAUUAGCAUGUGUGCGGUUUUAGUUGUAUAUAUUAUAUUUUUUGAGAAAUUGCCCUCUUUUUGUGAAUAAAUGUGUAAAAUAAAAA